AUGCCUCAUCUUCCAGAUUUAUCCAAGAAGGAACCGUCAACGAAGGAACUUCUUGACAAGUUCAAAACGAGGGAUAGUAAUAUCGGAGAGUCCGUUGCAAGCCCCGAGUCGCGAUUAGCGGAGGGGAUGCAUUACGAUAGAAACAAGGCUCCGGCUCUACAGGAUAUGGAGAAGGCGAGAUCGGAGAAAGUCGAUGUAGAAGGAGGAGCUUCGAGGAGUGUUGUUGAUAGUAUCAGGACGCACAAUCCGUCUGGAGUCGCCUAG